GGAAGUAUUGACGUAGGGCGGACGCGCGAGCCCUUCCGGCUGCCCAUAUAAGGACAAAGCCCGUGCGCUGGCGGCUCCUUCCGGGCCGCGGGCCGGCACCCUGGCCACGCCUCUUCCCCCUCCCCGCGCGCUGGAGCCCCCGGCUUCCGGCCCGACGUCCUGCCGGGCCAGCGGGGUGUGGGGGUGUCGGCUUUCGUUUCCUCCCCACCCGCGGCUAGGAAGGCGUCGUGACGCCCCUCAGGGAAAACCCCCCGCAGCCGACCCCAGUCGGCGGCCAGAGGCGACGACCUUGGGCUUCCGCUGACGCCAGGCCCUAGAGAUCGCACACAAAGCCUUUUCCAAGCCAGGGGCGACUUGCAGGAGACACCUUCCUUCGUCGUCCCUGCGCGGAGCCCCAGUUCCUGAUCCCUGCAAGGCCCCCGCCCAUGCAGUUAUUGCGGCGCUUCCUCUUGACUGCAUCCGUAGCCGGCAGAGUGUCUUGGCGCAGCUCCCUUCCCUUGCACGUGGGGGCUCAAUUCCCGUUUUCUAAAAAUGCCCCCCUUCCGCCACCCUGCCACGCACUUCAGCGACCUGCUGAAGACGCCCCCGCCGCCCACAAAGGGGACUCCACAAGGAGCACCCACGCGGCAAAACGAUCCCCUCGAUAUUCCGUCCAUCCUCCCUCCUGGGGCGCUAUCCGGUACCACGGAGGCAAUAGUUUGAUUCUCCUACUCGCGUGCGAAAAAACACGAAAAAGUUUUCCCCGAGACCCCGUACAGACGUCCGUCAGACCCGGGGCGACCAACGAAUCUCUCCACAACACUCCUCGCCGCACUUUGCUGGGCCUCGGCAUAUGGAGCCCGACCCCACACGCGGGGACUCCCCUGGGGAUCAUCUUCAGCCCGCAAGACCCCUCCCACGCUCCCAGAAAGCCCCCACCCCCAGAGGUAUUUCCGGCGCCCCACCUACGGCCACCCGGCCGGGGGUACCUCUCCUUCCCCUGACCUGCCACCUCACACCCCGGGCUAAGACAAUGUGCUGGAGCCGGGAGUGGGCUCAGGGUAUUGCGUAAUAUGGUCCCCGAAUGGAACGAACGCCCUUCCCCCCAUCCCCAAGCCGCCCCAUGUGAUUUCAAGAAGGGAGUAAUUUCUUGGGCAAACUGAAGCUGCACUAAUCCGAGAGUUCCCGAACUCAACGACUCCGAGCUCCAAGCGGAACUCAAGAAAACGGAGCCUCGCCCACGGCCGCCAGCCGAAAAGAACGGGUAAAAGGCUGGGGACCGGGAGGAUCCCGGGGGUCUCCCAAGGUCCGAGGCCGGGGGGCGGGGCCUGAAAACCGGAAGCUGACUCUUUCCACAACCAAGAUGGCCGCGGCCAGAGCGGAAGUCUUAGCGCUCGGACCGCCGAGGCCUCUCUCUCCGUCCUGGAGGCCCCGCUCUCGCUGGCGGCUCGGAUCACGUGACGGGGGCGGGGGCGGCCGCCGCGUUCUCCCCGGCUGGGAGGGGACCCGGGAGCCCGGCCGACGGAGGAGGGGGUCUGGCCUCCCGCGUGCGCGUGACAUGUCUCUCGAAGAUCCGUUCUUCGUGGUCCGAGGCGAAGUGCAGAAGGCGGUGAACACGGCCCGUGGGUUAUACCAGCGCUGGGGCGAGCUCCUGCAGGAGGGCGCGGCCGUGGGGCGCGAGGAGCUGGACUGGACGACCAAUGAGUUGCGGAACAGCCUGCGCAGCAUCGAAUGGGACCUGGAGGACUUGGAGGAGACCAUCGGCACGCAUCGUGGAAGCCAACCCAGGCAAGUUCAAGCUCCUGGCAGAAGACCUGCAAGAGCGGAAGGCGUUUGUGGAGCGCAUGCGGGAGGCCGUGCAGGAAAUGAGGGACCAUAUGGUCAGCCCCGCAGCCGUGGCCGUCAUGGAGAGGAACAGCAGACAGAUCCUGGCAGGCUCGUCUGGUGCCCCCAAGCCAUCCAGUGACCUGCUGGAUGCCAGUGUGGUGUCUGCGACUUCCCGCUACAUUGAGGAGCAACAGGCCACGCAGCAGCUGAUUGUGGAGCAGCAGAAUCAGCAACUGGAGAUGGUGUCCGGGAGCAUCCGGGUUCUGAAGCACAUGUCCAGCCGGGUUGGGGACGAGCUGGAUGAGCAGGCCAUCAUGCUGGACGCCUUCACACAGGAGAUGGAGCACACCCAGUCCCGGAUGGACGGGGUCCUCCGCAAGAUGGCCAAAGUGUCCCACAUGACCAGUGAUCGCCGGCAGUGGUGUGCGAUCGCUGUGCUUCUGGGCUUCCUCCUGCUGCUGCUGGCCCUGCUUCUCUUUCUCUGAGCCAGCCGGACCCCCGGUGUGUACACGGUGGGGCCAGUGUUCGUCCCAAGGACCUUCUCAUCCCUGAGCCGGCAGCAUCCCCAGGGCUGGCACCCUAACUCCAGUCCUAUCUCAAGUGCACUUAGGGUGUGGGUGGGUAGGGAGACACCUCUCCCCGUUUCUAAUUCCCGCGACCCCAAGCCAUGUAUGCCUCAAACUUCUGUGCCAACCUGGAAAUAAAGCCCCGUUUUGAUACAUGUGUCUCACCUGGCA